AUGGUCGCCGGUAUCACCGAGCCCCUCGGAAAGGAGGGAGCCAGCAAGCGGGCUGGCGACCUCGCCGCGAAAGACACUGCCAAGAAGGCUCGGGGUGACGCAUCGGAAGCGAUUGUGAAGCCCGAAGUCACCAACCUGAAACUGAAGGAUGAAGCCUCCGCCCUGCCCAGCGCCCGCGAGCAGCGCCUGGCGGUGAAGGAGUAUACCAAGGCCGCCUCAGAGGCUGAGGCCCUGGAGCUCACGCGUGGCGAUGUCAAGGAGGAGGGCGAGGGCCUGCCCCGUCGCCGCAUCGGGGACUUCACGCUGGCCACCCCCAAGGGCAUCCACGAGCCGGUGCUCAGCAUUGAGGCGGGGAUGGGCGUGGAGCUGAUCCUGUCCGGGGUGGUCUUCCCCGCCGCCGGCCCCACCACCAAGGCCUCCGGCGCCUCCGUGGCGGCGUGCGGUCCCGUGACUGGCUUCCGACUGGAAGUGGAUGCGGGGCCUGAGGCACAGGUGGUGCUUUCCACCCCGCUGGCAGAGUACAUCCUGCUCAAGCCGGCGCCGGGGUACAAGAAGACGUUUGGGAACCUGUUUGUGCAGGCAGCCCUCGUCCGGGAGGUGUGCCUGGCGCUGUCUCCAGCCAAGGGGGGUGACCUUGAGGCCAGCCUGGACGAAGUGAUCCUCCGCCUGGCCCGCUCCAAGCUGGACCAUGGCUACGCGAGCGCCCGGGAGGCCCUGCUCAUCAAUGCCAAGCUGGUCAUCGCCCAGCUGUCCAAGCUGGAUGACGUGAGCGGGCCAAAGGGCCUCAAGUACCUCCUGACCGAGUGCGGGAAGGCGCUGGUGAAGGAGGCCGCCAGCUACAAGUAUGUGGGAGUGCAGCGCCCUGGUGCCACCGGCAUCCACAUCAGGGACGACACCCGGCCCGAGGCGGCUCCGGCAGACGAGGACGCCCAGACCCUGGCCGACGCCGACUUUGCGCGCCAGCUGCAGGCCCAGAUGGACGCCACCGCCGCGCGCGCGGCGCGGGGCGGCGCCAAGUCGCGCGGCCCCGCCUAUGUCCAGGUGUCGGCGGAGGAGAUUGCGAAUGACUACCCCGCGCCCCUGGCCUACGCCAAGGAGGAGGAGGAGGUGGACGAGCUGCUGCUGGCGGACGAGGAGGAGCUGGGGGGCGGGGCGGACCCGGAGACCCUCCCGCGUCGCCUGCUCACGGACUUCAGCGUGUACAAUGCCGAGGGGUGGCUGGCCUCCCUGGAGCUGCUCCCCAUGUGGGCCGGCGUGGACCCGAGCGUGGAGCUGUACGCCUCGGGUGUGGUGCUCGAGGACGACGGCGACUUCUCCGGGGGCCAGGCCCUGCAGGAGGAAAGCGCAGCGCCGGUCGAUGAGGGCGCUGGCGGGUCGUCCUCCGCCGCGCCGCCGGCCGAGGAUGCCGCUGGCGGGUCGUCCUCCGCCACGCCGCCGGCUGAGGAUGCCGCUGGCGUGCGCAUGUGCCUGUCUCAGGUCAAGGACUGGGUUGUGGAGAUGGGGCCCGACAUGCUCCUCAUCUCCCUGCGCACCGACGUCGCCUGGUACCGCCUGUCGGUCCCCGCGGCCAAGUACGCGCCCUGGUUCCGUCCGGUGCUGCAGACCGCGCGCCUGGCGGCGCGCGUGCUGACCUGGCUGAGCGAGGAGAGCCGCGCCUCCAAGCUCUCCUUCAACGACGUGGUCAAGCGCCUGGUGGCCUCGCCGGACACCGCGCUGGCGCUGUUCAAGAAGCCCGAGGCUGUGGAGCGCUACCUGUUGGUGCACGGCGCCAUCCUGCUCAACCAGUUUGCGGCCUGGCCCGUGGCGGCGGUGCGCAAGAGCGCCUUUGCCACCACGCUGCGCGCGCACAUGCAGGACGUGCGCCACAGCAAGCUAUACCGUGCGGCGGCCAAGCCGGCGCGGUCGGGCGCGGCCGUCAACCGCAACCCCAUGAAGGACCGCGCGGCGGGGGGCCGGUCCAAGCCCAUGACCGCCACGGCCACCACCAUGGUGAGGGCGGUGUGGCAGAGCUACUUCACCGUGGCCGGCGCGGGCGCGCUGGCCCUGCGCACGGAGGGCGGGUGCACCUUCUACCCCGGCGCGCGCGUGGGCGACCUGGAGCUGCGCCUGGGUGACGCCGUGGCGCUGGGCCCGCCCGUCGACGAGGACGAGGCGGUGUCCGGGGACGAAGGGCAGGACGCCGCGCCCCGCCUGCCCCAGCUGGGCCUGGUGCAGGCGCUGUGGCAGCGCAAAGGAGGGAAGGGCGGCGACGCGGAGGUGCAGGUCCGCCUGCUCGUGCGCGGACACGAGACGGUGCUGGGCGACGCCGCUUCCACCGCCGAGCUCUUCCUCGCCACGGGUCACGAGACCAGGCCGCUGGCCAGCGUGGCGGCGCUGGUGUCGGCCAGCCGGCUCGAGCGCGCCUGGGACCAGAAGCGCCGCGGCGAAUACUUCCGCGCCGACGAGGAGCUGCGCCAGGCCAACGCCGCCGCGGCGGCGGAGGGCGCGCCCCUCACCCACUUCUGGAGGCGGCAGUACGUGCCGGAGGAGGGCAUAUUCCGCGACGCCCCCGCCGACCUCCAGCUCGGCAGCCGCCUGCCCGACCCUCAGAUCCCCGAGACCGGGGUGCAGGUGCAGGGCAAGGGCUUCCGCAAGGAUGGCGUGCGCUACCUCCCCGGCGACUUCCUCUUCCUGGGGCCGGAGGUGUUUGACGCCGUGGAGGGCGCGCGCAGCAUCGUGCAGCUGCCGGAGUACCUCUCCAACUCCCGCUUCCACAAGGGUUCCCACGUGGGCCUGCGUGCCUGGGGCAUCGCCCAGCUGAUCGGCGUGGAGAGCAGCGGCAAGGGCAAGGGCGCCGCCUGCACCCUCACCGUCCGCCGCUUCUACCGCCCCGAGGACAUCCAUGAGGACAAGGCUUACGAGGCACCCUCCUUCCACGCGGUGUAUGCUUCCUCCGAGGAGGUGGAGGUGGAGGUGGUCGACGUCCAGGGGCCGUGCACCGUGGGCCCCCCGGGCAGCGAGCUGUCCGUGUCGUCCUUUGAGUGCAUCGGCACCUACAACCGCGCCACCGGGGAGUUUGGGCCGGUGCCGGAGGACCUGAAGCAGGCCAAGGGUGGGUACGGCUCUGCUUCCGAUGCCUCCAACGCGGCCCCCGCCUCCGCCAAGGCCGCGGACAAGGGCAAGGCGGCGGUGGACGCCUUCCCCGGCGACGACGGCGUGUCGCUGGCCAGCAUGGACAUCUUCGCCGGCUGCGGCGGGCUGUCAGAGGGCAUGCACCAGGCUGGGGCCGCCCACGCGCGCUGGGCCAUCGAGUACGAGCGCCCGGCGGCGGAGGCCUUCCGCCUGAACAACCCGCGCGCCGCGACCUUCUGCGCCAACUGCAAUGUGCUCCUGCACGCCGCCAUGGUCAAGGGCGGCGGCGCCGACGACUGCCAGGCCAGCCCCGAGGCGGUGGCCGAGAGCGAAGCCCUGCCCGCCGACCAGGUGGCGGCGCUGCCGUUGCCGGGCGAGGUGGACUUCAUCUGCGGCGGCCCGCCCUGCCAGGGCUACUCCGGCAUGAAUCGCUUCAACAAGGGCAACUGGUCCAUGGUCCAGAACUCCAUGGUCAUGAGCUUCCUGUCCUACGCCGACUACUACCGCCCCCGCUACUUCCUGCUGGAGAACGUGAGGAACUUUGUCAGCCACAACAAGUCCUUCACCUUCCGCCUCACCCUGCGCUGCCUGCUGGACAUGGGGUACCAGGUUCGCUUUGGCGUGCUCAACGCCGGCAACUUUGGCGUGGCCCAGUCCCGCAAGAGGACUUUCAUCUGGGCUGCGGCGCCCGGAGAGGGCCUGCCCGACUGGCCCCGCCUGAUGCACGCAUUCCGCACCCCCCAGCUCACCAUCAACCUGCCCAAUGGCGUGCAGUAUACCGCCGUACCACAGACGGUGGGCGCCCCCCUGCGCCCUGUCACGGUGCGCGAUGCCAUCAGCGACCUUCCUGUCAUUGCCAACGGGCACGACGUGGAGGAGAUGGAGUACCAGGGGGAGCCGGUUUCGGCCUUCCAGCGGGCUGUUCGUGGCGGCUGCCCGGCGCUUUACGACCACAUCUCCAAGAACAUGAACGAGCUCAAUCUAGAGCGCUGCCGCUGCAUCCCCAAGGGCGUCCCGGGUGCUGACUGGCGUGUCUUGGAGGAGAUCGUGAAGAGCGACCCCUCGCGCGAGAAGUUCAAUGGCCAACCCCUGGUGCCCUGGUGCCUGCCCAACACCGCCGACCGCCACAACGGCUGGCGUGGGCUGUUUGGGCGCCUGGACCCACGCGGCCACUUCCCCACCUCCACCACUGACCCCCAGCCCAUGGGCAAGGUGGGCCAGGUGUUCCACCCUACCCAGGAUCGCAUCGUCAGCGUGAGGGAGUGCGCGCGCGCCCAGGGCUUUCCGGACAAGCAUCGCUUCUACGGCAACGUGCAUAACAAGCAUCGUCAGGUCGGAAACGCGGUGCCACCGCCACUGGCAGCGGCGCUGGGUCGUCAGCUGCGCAAGGUGAGGAUUCGUGGCAUCCAACAUGCGGAAAUCCAGGCACCCGAGGCUGUGCCCGUGUCCAAGCCCGGAGUAAUGAGGGCCGCGGCUACGGCGGCUCGGCCCCUGCCUCCCCCCCCGUCGGUGGCCUUGGAAUCUUACUUGGGCCGGGAGAAGCUCGCUCGCGAUGCGGUGCUGGCCGAUGCCACCAUCUGCCGUCCCUCCAAGGACGCCGAGUCCCUGCACGAAUCCUCCAGCUGCUGCGGCCCCCCGGCCCCGUCGGGGGCCAACUUCGGGGAGGAGUGCGACAUGGGCCCCGCGGCAGGGGCCUGGACCUCCUCCGACACCGCCUCCCUCUCCGGGCCCUACACCCCGGACGGCCGCCCGGCCCAGGCCAAGCCCUCCAUCGCCUCCAGCCCCGAGUUCACCGCCAGCUCCAGCUCUGUGGAUGAGGGCGCGCCGGGGGCCUCGGCCCAUGCGCGCAGCCUCUCCAUCCCCACGCCCCCGGACUCCCCGGCCUGGGGCGAGCAGCGCGAGUUCAGCCUGGGCCGCAAGCUCACCGUCCUGCGCAGCCACCCGGCGGUGGUGGUGUUGGCGGACGACCCCGACUCCCCCCAGUCGGCCGACGGCGAGGGCGGCGGCAUCGUGCAGCGGCGGCUGUCCCAGGUGGUGGCUGGCCACCACGUCCACUUCACCAAGAUCAAGCGGCAGAUGGGCAACGUGCAUGCGCCUCCCGAGGACCUGCUCACUCUGAUGGCACGGAAGGUCUUCACACGGCAGAACUGCUCCUUCAACCAGAUGACGAGCAUGGGUGAGUUGUCUGACCUGGCGGCGGAGACCUCCAUGCCCACGCCCAGCAGCCGGUGUGUGGGGGCGCCCCCCACCAACGCAGCCUUGGCAGCAGCAGCCCAGCAGCUGGCGUCACAUGCCACCGUGCACACCGCGUCGCUGUCCUGCAUGCACCCAUCGCUCCCACCCAUCCGGACGCGGCUGGCGGAGCGACGACACACGAGCCCCCUGGCGUGA